AUUAAACUUUUUAUAAACAAAACCGCAUAUGGAUAGAAAAAAAUUGUCGCAAAAUUAUUAAAAGAUUUUGUAUGAAAUCUCUCAAAUUUGACAGAACUUUAACCCCGCAUUAAGUCGAUAUGAUCUUAUCUAAAUGUAGUCACUUCACAUACACAUAAAUAUAAGCCAAAAAAAGAAAAUAAAUUGCUUGGCAUUGCCGGUGAACACUUAAUGAAUUUCUUAUUAUUUGUAAAAAUAGCAAUGAGUUCGAAAGACGUUUAUAUUGUAGCUGCGGCCAGAACACCUAUUGGUAGUUUUAAUGGGUCCUUAUCAAAAUUGAAAGCUUCUGACUUGGGUAGUAUUGUAAUAAAAGAGAUUUUAAAUAGAUCCAACGUACACGGCAAAGAUGUAGAUGAAGUUAUUAUUGGACAAGCGCUUACCGCAGGUCAGGGCCAAAAUCCUGCCAGGCAAGCUGCGUUGAAGGCUGGCCUGCCUAAUGAGGUGCCAUCCUAUCUCAUUAAUAUGUUAUGUGGCUCAGGAUUAAAAGCUAUUGUCUUGGGUUAUCAAUCCAUUCGCUGUGGUGAUUCUAGUAUUGUUUUAUGUGGUGGCCAGGAAAGUAUGAGCCUGGCACCCCAUGCCGUAUUUUUACGUGCAGGUAUUAAAAUGGGUUCAGCUACUAUGAUCGACACAAUGAUUCAUGAUGGUCUCACCGAUGCUCUACAUAGCAUACACAUGGGAGUAACUGCUGAAAUUAUAGCUAAAGAAUAUGAUAUAAGCCGUGAGGAGCAAGAUAAAUAUGCUGAACGUUCUCAAAAUUUAGCUGACAAAGCCCAAAAAGAUGGCCAUUUUCUUAAAGAAAUUGUACCCGUGGAGGUUGUAGAACGCAAAGGCACUACUUUAUUCAAUAAGGAUGAAUAUAUUAAAGAAGGCACCAAACUGGAAUCUCUACAGAAAUUAAAUCCUUGUUUUAUGGAGAAUGGGACUGUAACAGCUGGCAAUUCUUCAGGUAUUAAUGAUUCAGCUUCGGCUGUUUUACUAAUGUCUGGUCAAGAGAUUGAAAAGCGUCAAAUAAAACCAUUGGGCAAAAUAACGGCGUGGGCCGAGACUGGUGUAGAACCUAAAUUAAUGGGCUUAGGGCCCGUUUCAGCAGUAAAAGCUGUACUUCGCAAAGCUAACUGGUCUAAAGAAGAGGUUGACCUCUAUGAACUAAAUGAAGCUUUUGCUGCGCAAACAUUGGCAGUGAUUAAUUCUCUACAACUAGAUCCUGCUAAAGUGAAUAUUAAUGGUGGCGCUAUUGCAUUAGGUCACCCCAUCGGUGCUUCCGGCAAUCGUAUUUUAGUGACACUAUUACACAGUCUCGAACGUACCGGUGGACAUAAGGGUGUAGCCAGUCUAUGCAUUGGGGGCGGCAUGGGCAUAGCUAUGGCUAUCGAACGUGUUUGAUUUUUCAAUACACUUCUUAUAGUGGGAUACAUUGCAAUUUUCCUUAUCUAUUUUAACGACUUUGCCUUACGUUUUACGCUACUUUUGUAAGUGAACAAACACACAAUGGCUCAAGUUUAACGUUAGCUUGCAAGAGAAUUUUUGUUAUUUUCUCAAUCUUUAACUUUAUUACAAUGAUAUUUUGUAUAUUUUAUUUUAAAGUAAAUAACUGAGAUAUAACUAAAGUGUUUUCAAUUUUUGCAUUACUCUACAACUAACUCAUCGACCAAAUAAUUACUUCUUUGACUUCAUGAAUUCAUUAUACUUACAAGUCUAGAUUAUUUACUUUUGCGAAUCCUUUUUGAAAUGGCUUACAUUUACGCGUCCAUUGAACUCAAACUCGAUAUUACUGUCUACAUUCCUGCUAUUGUUGAAAAUUAAUAUAUAAUGUUCAAUUUCAAUGAAAAACUCGCUGCAACAUUUGUAGCAAAUCAGCAGUUUUGAAUAAUUUUUAUACCCAUCCAUGGAGGAUGAAGGUGGAACAUUUGAAGUUUUUGCGCGCAGCUUUGUAUUGAAAAUGGGCCAAUCGAUCGAAAGACACGCUUACAGUACCAUGUAAAUUGAGAAAGGAAAAUCCCUAUGAGGGAAAGUCUUACUUAAUCAGAUACUUUAUCAAAAUGCUGCAAAUUUUACGACCGAAGCGGGAGCGGUCUUUGGUACUAUGAAAAACCCAACUCAAUACUGUUGACUUCCAUCUAGACCGCCAUUGACAAAUUAAUAAACAUCAUCGCAACAUGCGGCGAUAAGAUAAAAACUCUUUGGAUAUCUAAUCAUAAUGAUUUAUUGCGAAAUGAACAAGGGAGAAAAAUUAGGCAAGGAAAUCUACAAUAUUAUCACCACCGCUGCACUUUUGUUAACCCUCACAUAUAUCCAACAAAUAUGAACAAAAUAAAGAUGAAAACAUUAUGGAAUUCGCCUAAGCCAUAUAACUGCAACACAUCAAUGGAGCCUUCAGGAAUCUUCUAUAAUUCCUACAAUAAAAUCAUCUUCUUUGCAACUGCCUAAACUU